AUGGCUACAGCGCAAGUUCUUCGCCCGCAAUCCUCGAUCGAGUCGUUCAGGUCGAGCGCGACGAACGCGUCUGCCAUCAGCCGUGCCGCGCUGCACAAGCGUCUCACAAAAACCACGACCAAGGCCGUGUGGGCAAAUCUCGAUGGCGACAAGCCGGCUCCGCUGGACACGCGCUUUGCGAAUGUGAAGAAGAGCUUGAUCAAGCCUGAGAACUACGCAGCGGUGCAGGCGAGCUGGACGCGUCUCAUCGAGGCGCUCGAAAAACGUGCUGCAGAAAUCGAGAGUGCCGGGCCGUCGGCCGUCCCCCACGUCGACUUCUCGUCCAUUGGGCCUGACGGCAAGUUCCCUCCUGACAUCGCCGCCCUCAUCAAAUCCCGCGGCUGCUGCGUCGUCCGUGGCGUCGUCUCCCGCGAGCAGGCCCUCGCCUGGAAAGCCUCCAUGCUCGACUACUGCGCGCGCCACCCCGAUGUACCGCGCUUCCCGCCCAGCGCGCCGCAGAUGUACGGCACCUUCUGGCAGCCCGCGCAGACAGAGGCGCGCACGCACCCCAACAUGCUCCGCGCGCAGGUCGCGAUGAGCCAGCUGUACACGGCGAGUGAGGACACGAUCGUAGACUUGACGGAGCAGGUGGUGUAUGCGGACCGCUUCCGGGUAAGGAUGCCUGGGGCGGUGGGGACGCUGCCGCCGCACCUGGACAAUGGGUCGAUUGAGCGGUGGGAGGAUGCGGAAUAUAGCGCGGCGUACCAGCCAAUCUGGGAAGGCCGCUGGGAGGAAUACGACGCCUGGGACAUGGAUCAUCGCGCCGAAGCCGUCAUCGAUAUGUAUGGCGGAGCUGGAUCCUGCUCGGGCUACCGUAGCUUGCAAGAUGAGCUCAUCGUCGCAGGUUGGUUGUCAAUGUCGGACAACGGUCCUGGCUGCGGGACAAUCCAGCUGCUUCCCGAUAUCAAAAUCUCGACUGCAUAUGUGCUCCUGCGGCCCUUCUUCAACGAUCAGGAUGUGCUUGACAUGGAGAGCACGUACUUCUAUGGCGCAGACCCGGGCCAGGGUCAAGUCUGCAAGGAGAACUGGCACCCGCACCUGAAGUUGGAGAAGACCGUCGUCUCUUGCCCGAAGGCAGACCCGGGCGACUACGUCUUCUGGCAUGGCGAUAUGGUCCAUCAAGUCGAGAAGGAGCACAACGGCGCGGUCGACUCGUCUGUCGCGUUCAUCCCCGUAGCUCCGCUGUGCGGGUACAACGUCGGCAAUCUCGUCGACCAGCGCAAAGCCUUCCUAGCAGGUGUUCCACCACCUGACAUGCCUCCCCGUCCAGGUCAAGGUUUGGAGAGCAGCCACGAAGAUCGAGGGUCGGAGAAGAAUAUCCUUACGGCAGAGGGACGACGGCUUUUCGGCCUCGACAAGUUUGACGCUGACGCUGAAGGGCUCACGCCGGGGCAAAGGGGGGCCAGAGAGCUGGCCAACGAAGCAUUGGGUUUCUCUUGA